CCAUGGCAUCAUCAUCUGUGAUGUCAUCUUCUAUGACAUCAUCAUCUGUUAUGCCAUCAUCAUCUGUGACAUCAUCAUCUGUGAUUUCAUCUUCGAUGACAUCAUCUUCAGUCAUCAAAACUUCAGUUUUGUCAUCUUUUAGCUCUCCUUCACCAUCAUCUUCAUUGUCCCCAUCUCCAUCUCCUUCAUCAACUCCAUUAUCUCCUUCACCUUCUUCUUCCUAUAAAUCUCCUUCACCAACUCCCUCACUCUCCUCCUCACAUUUACCUUCAGUAUCUCCUUUACCAUCUUCUUCACCAACCUCUUAUAAAUCUUCUUCACUUACUCCUUCUCCUUCAUCAUCCAUCCAUUCUUCUUCUUCUCGGUUGCUCAUCUCUACCACUUCUGAAACCAGAACAUCAACUAGCAUUACAAGUUCAAUUGUUCCUUCUCCUACUUGUCCCUCAACAAUAGCAAGUGUAUCUCUUCAAAACACUAUCACUUUAUUGCUUACCAAUUAUAGUAUAGCAACAUUCACUAGUUCUGCUCAGGAGAGGUUUAAGCAAAUCACAGCUGAGAUUGUACAUAACUACUGCACAUACUUCAAGCAAGACUGCAAUCCAAUAAAACUCACAGACACUACAAAGACUGAUGGUAGUGUAUGUGUGGUGAUCACCAGGAUACUGUCUGGAGGAUCAACCAAUGACCAAACAUUAGUUACUUUCUUUGUCACACUAAAUGAUGGAGCAGACCUACUACCAGUAACUGCUCUGACCGUCUCUGUUGAAGCUGGCAUACGCAAUGGAAACUAUAAUAGUUUCACUAGAGUUUAUUUAGUUAGUGGAUCAGCCAGCUCUUCCAUGACACCAUCAGCAACACUGAGUUCAUCUUCAUCUACUGGAACAACUGUUGGAGUUGCUGUAGGAGUUGUAUUACUAGUAAUGAUAACGAUAGGAGUUGUGGUCAUAGUACUGGUGUUUAUGAUUCUGAAGGGAAGACGUGCUAGUAAAUACAAUAUUGAUGGAGCAACGUUUGCAGAUGCAACUACUAACAAUCGCUAUGGUGGCAAUACUGUGCUAAAAUCUGUUUAUGAGGAAUCUGAAAAGGCUACCUUCAGUAACCCUCUGUAUGGUCAACUUGAUGAGGAUGAUGGAUAUGAGCAUAUGAACUAAUAAUUAAUAGAAUAAGCUGUUUAAUUGUGAUAAUAAGAGAUACUGUUAAUGCUUCUACAAAAUUUAAUGCACCUGAACUAGCAUAGCUACCCUUUAUUAUGUAAAUUAUUUUAUUGUGUUACAUCCUUUGUAACUUUUGUCCCUUGAUUUUUAAAAGCAUGAACAUCAAAAAUUAAA